CUUUGCACAGGGCGCGCUCCAACAGGGCGCCUUAGAUCCUAAUAUUGAUUACACAGCCUGAGGCGUUGUGGCGUAAGAUGUGAGACGUGAGGCGGUCUGAGUUCCACUAUUUGCUGGUUAGCAUGGCAAUCUAGCAAUGACUCCAGAUACUUUUGAGGGGUACCUAGCAAGCUCUGAUUGCAACGGCGCCCCAUCCUGCAAACAUGGAGCACAUUCAUACUAGCUUCUGCUCACACAUCCCGUGUUUCAUCGAUUUGAAGCCCUGAAGUACUAGAUUUGGGAUUGAAACGAGACAAUGAAGCAAGCUUACACCAAAGUGGAGGCGUACACUUGAACUGAAGUUUUAGGGUUUUGGCAGAUCCUCCUCCAAUGUGAGAAGCUUACGGGGAAGGUCUUGCUAUCCCUCUGUGGGAGCUCAAGUACUGCCACCUAAGAAGAAGCUCUGGUAGCACACCAGGCUUCAGCUUUUGUGCAGACCAAGUCACUGGACAUCUUGCUCGGCACACUUUGUGUGGACACCUUGCAGCACCUUUCAGUCUCCUCUUGCGUGAGGAGGAGCACCUUGCCGCGCUUUCUGCGUUCCUCCCACUUGGGACUUCUGUCCGCUUAGAAGGGGCGGUGUUUGGUUGCAAAGGGCGUUUAGAGGAGGCGCUUUGAGGUCGAGGACGACCCUAAUUGUCGUCAUCAACACUGUCUUGCUAUUGUAAGGUGCACGGGGGCCAAGUGGAGGCGCUGCCAGGGCGGCGCACUCGUAGAUGGGAGAAUGGGUCAUCGGGGCGUGCAUCAACUUUGUUGGAAGCAUCGGCAUAAACUUUGGGACAAACCUCCUGAAGCUGGGCCAUAACCAGCGGGAAAAGCUCGCGCGGCAGGAGGCAAUUGCACGGGGGGAGAAGUCGGUGGAGAAGAAGCCCAUUACGCACUUCCGUGAAUGGCAAGUCGGGGUCGUCAUCUUCGCAGUGGGCAAUGCGCUCAACUUCAUCUCCUUUGGCUACGCUGCGCAGUCGCUUUUGGCGGCCUUGGGGUCCGUCCAGUUCAUAUCAAACGUGGGGUUUGCGUACUUCGUUCUGGGCGAGAACGUCACAAAUCGAAUCGUCGUAGCGACAGCUUUGAUUGUCGUUGGAAACAUUUUCUUGGUAGCCUUUGGCAACCACGAGUCGACAACUUACGGCCACGAUGACCUACUCCACAUGUACGAGAACCCAGUCUACCUCGUCUACUGCACGGUCCUUGUGUUGCUCGUGGGGGGGCUCUAUUGCGUAUACAGGUACGGCCUGAGCGUCGUGAGCAGCCGCAAGUUCAGCGACCCGACCAUCCCGCACCAGUGGCGGACGCUGGUGCCCUUCUCAUACGCUAUGGUGUCCGGCGUCAUCGGCACGCAGUCCGUGCUCUUUGCAAAGUCGCUGUCGGUUCUGAUGCGGCUGACGAUGCACGGCGACAGUCAACUGGACGGCUGGUUCACGUAUGCAGUGGCCAUUCUCUUCGCCCUGACCGCGGCGUUCUGGAUGGCGCGGCUGAACCAGGGGCUGGCCAUGUUCGACGCGAUGCUGAUCGUGCCGAUGCUCCAGAUCGUGUGGACCUUCUUCUCCAUCUUCACCGGCUUCAUCUACUUCAAGGAGUACCAGGUGUUUGACGGAUUCCAGGCCGGCAUGUUUAGCAUCGGCAUCUUCUUCCUCUUCUGCGGGAUGUACCUCCUCGCGCCUAAGCCAAACAAAGUUGCGGCGGCAGUGGUCGACGAGGAGGAGCUAGAAACGCUGCCGCUGGUCGCCGAUCGGCAAAAACCCGGGCUGUCUCCGGCCCCUAGCGCGAACUGGGACACCGAAGUGCAGAAGGCGUCCGUGCAGCCCGGCCUGGGGGCGUCCUCCGUGCACAAACGGCUCAGCUUCGGGGCGGCCGUCGGGAACACGCUCGACGAAGUGUCGUCCGGGGUUAGAUCCGCAUAUGACGUCAGCAUGGGCAUGGGGCCCGAGUCGGUACACACGGGGACGAUCUUCACGAUGCCAAUGAUUGCGAGCUCGCGCGUGAGUUGGCGGCGGGGUGCCGGGUCCGGGGACGAGUGGGCCCCCGGAGAGGCGCACCCCGACUUUGACGACGAAUUCGAGUUGCCCCUCAGCAUCGAAUCCGAGCCGUCCGAAUGUUCGCUCCGGUAAUCAGUGCUUUAAUGGUCCGGGUCCUGCCGCCGUUGAGCUCGUAGCAGGACCCUUGCCUGCUUUGGGAGUAGUCGGAAGUUCGAAAAUUCUGAAUACCUAAGUUAUGUAGCAUGCGUAGCCUAGUGGGGUUAUGGCAUACCGCUAGGUAUUGGGACAGACUCCCUGUAAUGAGAAAGGGGAGCAGGAUUAGUAGCCACGAUAUCAGCUGCAGUCGGCAAGCUCAGUAAGCUCGUGCACUGGAUCAAAAGUCUGGCAGUUUAUCAUGUAACAGAGGGUUACGGACCAGCCUUCCGCACCCCGUGCUUUGUGCAUCAGGGCGCUUCUCGAUGGAGACAUUAAACGUUUUAGGUGGUUGCUACGAGAGGGGCGGCAUCUCGUUUAGGCGCACCGCAUGCGCAUUGAUGUCCUGCCUGCUUUGAUCCAAACAAAACGGGUAAACGAGCAGCGAAUCGCAGGUGACAAGCACUCCCCAUGACCCUUGUAAACACCAGUGAUGUAGACGUCCCUGUUUGAUUGCAC